AUGUCUGCCAUCACCGUACAGCCCUUAGACUUCUCGGAGCGGACGGUCACCGCCAGGCCCCGUCUAGGUGCCGUCGUUUCAAACGUCGAUAUUGAAAACAUCACUGAUGCCGACUUUGCUGUCAUCCGUGAUGCACUCUUCAACCACCAGCUCCUGGUCUUCAAGAACCAGGGCCAUGUGACCCCCAAGGCUCAGUAUGAGCUCACCCGGCGCUUCGACCCCGAGGCCAACUCGUACGGUCAUGGGAAGACCAUCGACGCCAAGCGGUCCAUCCUGCACCCUGAUCUCAAGACGGUUCCAUCCCAGCCGCAAGUUCAGGUCAUCGGAAAUGGCUUCGUGUCUGAGUACGAGGGUCUGAAGGACUUCAGGCUGCGCCAUCCCCACCACAAGACCUUCCACGCAACCUCGAUCCCGCCGGCGGACGACCUAGACUUCACCCGGUUCUACAGGUGGCACGUCGAUGCCGCCUUGUACGGCCUUGCUCCUCCUAUAGUCACCACCCUUCUUGCUGUCAAGGUGCCCGGCGGCCGCCGGCAGACCUGCAGAUACGACGAUGGCACGGGCGAUGAGCUGGAUGUUCCGCUGGGCACUACCGCAUUCGUCAGUGGUGUCGACAUGUUCGACCAGCUAUCUCCCGGGGACCAGGAGUUCGCCCGCACCACGAAGGUCGAAUACGCGCCUCACCCAUACAUAUGGAUGAGCAGCGCCAAGUCGCGGUCCACCGGGCUCGGGCUGGUGAGCGAAGACAAGGAGAUCCCGCUGGACCAGCUCCCCGAGAUCGAGCAGGACAAGAUCCAGAUCUUGCCCAUGUGCUGGCGGAACCCAGUCACCGGGAAGCUAGCUCUACAGGUGCACCCUUCUGCUGUCAGGAAGUUGCACCUCAAGGACGGGACGGUGGUGGAUAACCUGGAGGAGGUGCGGGAGACCGUGUACCGGCUGCAGAGGCCUGGUAUCGCCCCAAACAAGGUCUACGCACAUGAUUGGCAGGAAGGUGACUUCGUCCUCUUCCACAACCGAGGGCUGCUGCAUUCCGUCGUCGGGGCAUUUGCUGAAGACGAGGUCAGGCUGUUCCGUCAGUGCAAUGUUGCCGCGACCCAGCUUCCUGAAGGCCCAGUACAGGCUGCGCAGGCUGCUUAA